GGUGAUAUAACGCGAGCGCGUGCGCCGCCGGCUCACUUGUGCGUGAAGCUCCGCUGCCGCCGCUCGCCUAAAGCUCCCACGAAGCCUCCCUUUACGCGCCGGUCAGUGCUUUCCCGAACGCCGCGCGCGCUACCUGUGUAUACCGCGCCGCGACCGCUCGCGUAAACACGUAACAUGUUACAAGAAAUACAACUCGUUCAGGGCCAGACCAACUAUGUGGUCGUCUCGUCUGGCUACCCCUCCGCUACUGUGACUAAAACGUCAGCUGAGAAAAGGAUUGUGCCGAUAGCGCCGGCGCCGGAGAAAAACUAUGUCACACACGAUUCGCCUCCGAGCCUUCAGUACAGAAAGAAGGUUCAUUUCAGGACGAAUCCUUACACCGGACCGCAAGCCGUUUCGAUCGCCAGGCGCAACGCCAGGGAACGUAAUCGUGUGAAGCAAGUUAACGAUGGAUUCAAUGCGCUCCGCCGUCACCUGCCCGCUUCUGUAGUGGCCGCUUUAUCAGGCGGCGCGAGGCGCGGAUCCGGAAAGAAACUCAGCAAAGUGGACACCUUACGGAUGGUCGUCGAAUACAUUAGGUAUUUACAACAGUUGUUAGAAGAAAGCGAUGCAGCCUUAGGCAUCACGCGAGACCAAGAGAACAGAGAGAAUAUCCCUAGCAGUAAUUCGCAAUCAAUAACAGUGACGGAUAUGGAUGACGGUUUCUUCUACGGAAGCGGGUCACCUUGCUCGGAGAAGGCGGAUUCACCUGCACCAUCGGAAUGUUCGUCUGGUGUUUCAUCGGCAUACUCCGCUGUUGAUCGAUACGAAGUGUCAACGCAACAGACCCUUGGACCAAUGGAUGAGGACGAGCUCCUAGAUGUCAUCUCUUGGUGGCAGCAAAAAUAGCAAUAAUGUAACGUGGAGCCUAAAUCAAGUUUGGACGAACCCCUCCGAGUUACUGUAAAUUAUAAGUGUUUCAUAGUGAAGACGAAAAGACUCUCGAUAUAUCUAGUCAACAAAAUUAGUGCCUUUAAUUUAGAUGAUAAGUUUUAGUGAAAUGAAAAUAGUUUACAAACAACGAUAUUUUAUACUAGAGAUAGGGCACUAGCGCAUCAAAAUGAGGACAAAUGUGCAUAAUUGUCUUACUUUCAUUUAGUCGCUUAUUAGACAACGAAAGUUAUUUAAACUAAUAAUACCUAAAUAUGUUCUACAAUGUCGAGUUGUGUAUAUAGUAUAGGUGUAAAAACUAUAUAUAUACUUAAAUAUAUAAUGUAAGUAAACACAAAAUUGUGCAUGUAUGCGCUCAAGUUAUUUCAACAAAUAAUACCUACUCGUAAAUAUUGUCUACUAUACAAUGUCCAGUUUUGUGUUCAGGAAGUGUAAAAACUAUAAACGGAUAUUUAAAUAUAUAUUGUAAGUAACCACAAAAUUGUGCAUGUGUGCGAACAGUAAAGUAGCUAAAUUAUGAUCACUUUUGCGGUGAUUUUGUAGGCAGGUUACAUAUCUAUAGUAUAAAAUAUCGUUGUUUACAAAUAUUUCAACAAGUGACUUGACAAAUUGUCCACAAUGGUUAGCAUUAUAUUUGUUUAUGCUUGUUACCUUUAAGUGAACUCGAGGCUUUGAGAGAAAAUUGAGCCUACCGAAAUAUUGUAAAUAUAGAUUAAGAUACCAAAUAAAUCAUUAUUUAUUGAA